AUGGAUAGGAUUUGCUUUGCAGUGAAUGGAGUUAAAUAUUCGGUGGGAUGCGAAGUAGAUUCCACGACGAGUCUGCUGGACUACUUGCGGUCGUCGCUGCACCUCUUCGGCACCAAGUACAUGUGUCGCGAGGCCGGCUGCGGCGCCUGCAUCGUGUCCGUGCAGCGACCUGGCACACCACACUCUGCUGUCAACGCUUGUAUGGUAUCGGUCACAUCGUGCCAGAACUGGGAGAUAACGACCAUAGAAUCCCUGGGAGAUCAGGCUAAGGGUUAUCAUAAGUUACAAACUCAGCUCGCAAAAGACAAUGGAAGUCAGUGCGGUUACUGCAGCACCAGUUGGAUCAUGACCAUGUAUAGGUUAGUAUCCGAUGAAUGA